ACGGAUUCAAUGGUUCAGUAUAUAUACUUUCCGAGGUAAUAAUUUGUGCUAGACGGGAUCAUUUGAAAAGGACUUGAGCGCGCAUUGUCAGAAACAUUGGACGAUGCUGGCUGUGCUUAUUCUAUCCGCUUUACUGGGCCUUGCCCUUGGGGAUCCUUUGCCACCUGUAAAGAAACAUACACAAAUCAUCCAUGUUCCCGCUCCAAAGCCACAAGUUGUGCGUGUACCCGCCCUUCAAGAACACCCAGUAAGACAAGUCCAGCAUGUUCCAAUUAGACAAACGGUCGUUAAACAAGUUAACGUCCCCCGGGAUAUCGUUCGUGAAGUACCUGUCAUCGUGGAGAAGAAAUUGAUUUUGAGACAACCUCAAAUCCGAAAAUUCCCUAUUGAUGUUCAGAAAACUAUUCUGCAGCCAUACGUCAAACACGUUCCACAGGUUAGAGUAAAUUAUCGCCAAAAACCAUAUGAUGUAUGGCACACAAGACAAGUCAAGAAGAUCAUCAAUGUUCCACGACCAUACCCUGUUGUCAAGCACAAAAUCAUCACAAAGGUAUUGAACAGAAUCGUCGAUGUGCCACACAAGGUGUACAAAGACAGAGUUAAAGUUGUUCGAGUUCCCCAGCCAUUCAAAGUACAGAAAGUUCACCACAGAAAAAUAGAGGUCCCCGUUGAAGUUAGAGUACCUGUCCCACGUGUCCGUGUAAAGCAGACCCAGGAAGUACAGAGAGUUCCCAUUGAUGUCACUGUUGUGAAGAAGGUGGGCAUCCCCAAGAGGACCACGUUGACUGAAAUUGUACCUGUCCCCGUCAAACCCGAAGGAUGCGGACCAGCGGGAGUUGACUGCGGAAGUUAUGCUUCUGCCAGUUCUGUCACGAGUUCUGUAGGUCCAGCGGGUGUGUUUGCAGGCGGAAUUGAAACAAGAGGUGUUGCGAUCAAUGAAGGCCCAGGACUGGUCGAUGUCAGCACAAUUGUGGAUGAGGCUGCCCCAGUCAUUGGGGGAGUAACAGACAUUCGUCGAUCUUUCGGUUCCGAUGGAUUUCCAGGUGCAUCAGUAGAUGUUGAACGUGGAUUGUAUGGUCCAGAUGUACCAGGCUACGCACCAGAAGUCGGGGUUGGUGGCAGUGCACGUUUUGAAUCAGGAUUUUCAAUCCCUGGGGUUCCCGGUCCAGAUACAUUUGCAGAUGGAUCAGACAGUGGUGGAUUUGCAAUGCCUCUCCCUGGCUCGGUGGAGGGAUCAUUAGAGUCAAUUCAUUCUUCCCUGGGAUAUAAUGAUGAUGAAAGAUUCGCUGCUGGGGUACGAUCAGGAUCAGGUUUUGAUUUACAACAGGCACAGUUAGACAGUCGGUUAUAUCGGGGAGAUGGCGGUUUUGCCGCACGUGCUGAAAUGAUGGGAGGAGGUGCAAUGCUCCCAGGUAGAGGUGGCAUUGUUUAUGAAGAGAGAAGGACUUUACCUCUAUAUGUGGGAGGUGAAGUCCGAGGACGAUACGUAAAGAGCGAGGGCCCUGGAUACGGUCCUAACUACGAUGAUUCAGAUGGAGGUGCAGCUGGCCAAUUAGGGGCCGGAUUCGUAAAUCAGGGCGCUUUUUUCGAUGGCGACUUUGACGGGCAUGGGCCCAUUAAUGCCCCAUACCCCGAAUCUUCUCUCUUUGGGGGAGAGUUUGCCGGAGCGCAGGCGCAAGCCCAAGCUCAUGUCCUUGCUCAAGCUCAGAAUUAUGCGCAUGCUCAGGCCAAUAUCAAUGGAGAUUCCCUGCAUUCUGAUUUGGAAUUAGCUAAUCAGUUAGCAUAUAAUGAUAACUAUGGUGCCGAUCAGUAUGGACAUUAACAGGGUUCUGAUCUCUGGGCCGGCGAUUGAUUCGGCUCCUGUUCCUGGGUUUUGAGACACCAUUGUACAUUUCUAUAAAUAGUUCCAUAUUGACAUUGGCUAUCUCAGUGUGUAACAUUCAUCCUCGGGCGUCUGAAUAUAUUUUACUAAUAAAACAUACAACGGUGUU